CGCGUCCCCUCCCUCCCCCGCUCGCCGUCGCCUCGCCGUCGCAGCCGCCGUCGCAGCCGCCGCCGCCGUUCGUCGGAGCGGGAUGACGCAGAGCAUGAGCGGCCGCGGCGGGAGCGGCCGUGGGUACGGACUCCACCACCACCACCACAGCGCGCUGUGCUGCCUCUCCGCCGCGCCGCCGCUGCCGGGGGACGCCACGCCGACGCUGCCGCUGGCGCCGGACCCCACCGCCGCCGCCGCGGCGGCCUCGGGAGCGGCGGUGGCGGUGGAGGGGGUGCUGCACAAGUGGACCAACUACGGCCGCGGGUGGCGGGAGCGCUGGUUCUCGCUCCGCGACGGCGUCCUAUCCUACUCCAAGAUUCGGGCCGGCGCGGGGGCCGGCGCCGCGGAGGAGGACGGCGAGGUCAGGCUGAUCGGCUCCAGGGUCGGCGGCGCGCGCCACACUGAGAAGCCCACCGGCGUCGUAAGCCUCAAGGUGUCAGCAUUUCGGGAGAGUAAGUCUGACGAUAGGAGAUUCUACAUAUUUUCCCCCACAAAGACGCUUCACUUGAAGACAGAUUCAAAAGAUGACCGUGUUGUCUGGAUUGAGGCCUUGAUCUUGGCAAGGAGUGUGUACUCUCUCAGGUCACUCAGCGGAAGAGUAACUUUCGUGCAGUGCGAUGUUUCGAUUUCAACUACAAGGCUUCGAGAUCGAAUGCAUCAGGAGGGUCUGAACGAGAAUCUUAUUCAGGACUGUGAACAGAUUGUACUUUCUGAAUUCUCAAGCUACCGGAAGCAACUCAAGCGGCGUUACGAGGAUUACUUAAGCUUGUUUGGGUCCUGCAGGCACAAUUUCGAGGAAGGCAAAGAUGAAAGUAUAACACAGGGGGAAUUGACAAGAAAUGACUUUUCUAGUUCUCGGCAUGGAAAUUUCAGCGAAUAUAGCACAACAGAAUCUGAUGAGUUUGAAAAGAACGAUGGAGGUGAAUUGACCUGUGAAGAAGAAACUCCAUUCUUUGAUUCUGUGGACUACUUCAUAGAAUCAAACAACAGGUCUUCAACCAUGCUAAGUGGUCAGGAAGUUGUGGAUACCCAAACACAAGAUUCUAGUGACAGGUUACCACAAAUCAGACGAAGGACUAGACUACCAGAGCCUACAGAGAAGGAGAAAGGGAUCAGUCUCUGGUCCAUUAUUAAAGAUAGUGUUGGAAAGGACUUGACACGAGUUUGCCUUCCGGUUUACUUCAAUGAACCUCUCUCAUCCCUUCAAAAGUGCUUUGAAGAUUUGGAAUAUUCAUACCUCUUGGAUCAGGCCUAUCAAUAUGGAAAAAUGGGAAACAGUCUCAUGAGAAUUCUCAAAGUGGCUGCUUUCGCAGUCUCUGGUUAUGCUUCAUCUGUUGCAAGACCUUGCAAACCAUUCAAUCCAUUGUUAGGAGAGACCUAUGAAGCUGAUUACCCUGAUAGAGGAGUUCGUUUUUUCGCAGAAAAGGUUAGUCAUCAUCCAAUGCUGAUUGCCUGCCACUGUGAAGGCAAGGGUUGGAAAUUCUGGGGCGACAGCAAUCUCAAAUCCAAAUUUUGGGGGCAGUCAAUUCAAGUUGAGCCAGUUGGCAUUUUGACUGUGGAAUUUGACGAUGGUGAAAUCUUCCAAUGGAAUAAGGUUACAACGACUAUUCAUAACCUCAUCCUUGGGAAGUUGUACUGCAGCCACCAUGGAACCAUGCACAUAAAAGGGAAUCGUCAGUAUUCAUGUAAACUUAAGUUCAAAGAGCCAUCACUUCUUGACCGGAAUCCUCGCCUAAGUUUGCAUGAUUACGUUCACAUCUGUCAGAUGAACUGUUGUGGACACCUUCUUUGGCAAGAAGUACCAGCGCAAGAAGAAGGAAGGUGUCUCUCCAGCUGCGGCAUAGUUAGUUUUGAUUUAGUUUCCUUUUUAUUUGUCUGUAAUUUAGGAAGUCUUGGAUACUCUAGAGACUCUAUAUAUAUUGUAAGAGCUGCGGCUCCAAAAGGUUAUGCAGAAAAGUUAAUCCUUGUGCUCAGAGCCUCAAGCGAGGGCGAGCUAGGGCAUUAUCAAUCUGCUACUCGUGCCAAUCUCCACAAGCCAUAACAACUCUGGUAUCAGACUAGGGAUCCUCCUUGGCCUGAUCUGCACUCCGCCGCCCACCACAACCCCACCUUCCCCUGCGCGCCGCUAACCCUCAUCGCAACCCCGCCAUGGCUGCAGACGACGACAACGACACCCCCAUCACCAAGGCGAUCCUCGACGAGGUGGUUGACAAGCUCGUCAAACUCGUCGGCGACAACGGCCGGAAGCUGGACACCGACAUGGCGGACUUUCGUUAGGAGCUCCGUCUCCUCUCGACGUCCAUCAAGAACGUCCAGACUCAGGUUUUGGAUCGGCAAGGCCGCUUCGACACCGACGCAUCCUCGGCAUCUGGACCCUCGCUGGCGCCGACCCACAAGCUGCGCUUCCCCAAGUUCAACGGCUCCGACGACCCUAUUACAUGGCUCCACAAAGGGGAGCAAUUCUUCCGCGCCUACGGCACGCUGGACCAUCUCAAGGUCUCGACUGCGGCGUUCUACCUCCAGGACGCUGCGAGCCAAUGGUACUACCGCCUUGAGCAAAACCAGGGCAUCCCGACGUGGACGCAGUUCGUCGACGGCAUCAAUCGCCGCUUCGGUCCUCCGCUCCGCAGCAAUCCACUGGGCGAACUCACGCAUCUGCGUCGCACCACGACCGUCGACGAGUACCAAGACAAGUUCCUGGUCCUGCUGGCGCGUUGCGAAGGCAUC